GCUGCAGACAGGCUGCUGCUGAUUGGUGGACGGGGCGUUUCGGACAGACUGGACUUGGGCCGGAAGCCAGACGCAUUUUUACUCUCCGUGUAUGAAGAGCAGGAGCAGAAACAACCACAGAGACGCUUGAGGAGUACUGAAAGUUCUUUUAUCGCUGUUUCUCUGCAUUCACCUGUUCGCCAUGAGUCCGAGAAGUUGGCUUUUGUUGGUUCUAGUGUGUGCGCGCGCUGCCUCGGCUGCUGGAAAAAACGGUAAGAAGUCGCUAAUAAACGGUGAUGGGCAGAGCAGUAAGUGGGUAUAUUAGGGUAGGCAUUAUUCUGUGUAUUUAGUUCUUAAAGUUCUUAAAGUAUAAAUAACUUUAUAUCAUUUUUUAUGUGUAUAAACCACCUGAGAAUUUAAGUUAUUUUAUUAACAAACAGUUAUGCUUAUCUAAUCUUGUUUAAGACAUUUUCAAGCAGGCAACUUCCUGCGUCACUUUGGUAUUUUACUGUACAUCUAAAAUCCUUGGUCAAAAGAUUUAAAAAGAAAAAAAAACUUUGACAGAAAAGUUAUUUCUACAAAAAUGUAAUCAUGGUCAAGAUCAAAAUACUAAAUAUGUCUAUCAUCUUUUUGUGGGUAGAUUUUAAUAAAUCGGUUAAGCAUUUGCCUGUUUAGUAUGAGCUAUCUUAGUUACAGCUCAGUCACAACAUAUGAAUGGCUUUUCAGGCUUACUGUAAUAGUAAUAAUAAUAAUAACAAAUUUCACUGACAGCAAAGCAAAAUUGUUAACCAGCUAAAUUAUCUCAGUUUGUACUUUUCCUUUGGUGUUCCCUUGUUACCGGAAACCCAGCACUGUCCCAGGAUAAUAGGAUAAAUUAGAGGAAACUAGUGGAAAUUUCCUUUAACACAUGAGUGGAUACAUGUCCACUCUGGGUCUCUGUAAUUUACACGACAAAGAUCAAAUAAACAGACACAAUUCACAAGAGGAAAUGUUUCUUUUCUGAACAGAUUUUUUGUGAUAAUCAAACAAUAGAUGAAUGAAGGGAGGGAAGGAAGAAUGUAGUGAGAUAGAUAGAUAGAUAGAUAGAUAGAUAGACAUCAUCUGAAAUUCUUUACUCUCUCUGGUUUCAGACACUGCAAAUGGAAGGACCUUCUUUUCCUAUGACAGCCCAUCCUCUCAGGAGGAGGACCUGGGAAAGUACAUUGAACGGGAUCCCUCUGAUGUUGCUGAUUCUGUGUUUCCUCUGGCGUCCAAUGUAACCAACACCAGCCACAGGCAGAUCUCAGAGGAGGCGGAGCUGUUUCUAACAGGCCGGUUGUCCACCGUCCUCAUCCCGUCCUUCUACACAGUCGUCUGCGUCAUCAGUGUGCCCAUCAACAUCUGUGCGGUGCUGGUCUUUGUGCGGAGGAUCAAGCCAAAAAAGCCGGCUGCUGUCUACAUGCUGAACCUGGCCUGUGCUGACCUGCUCUUCGCUAUGGUACUGCCCUUCAAGAUCUCCUACCACUUCAACGGCAACGACUGGAUUUUUGGUCCCGCCGUGUGUCGUGUGGUGACUGCAGCCUUUUACUGGAACAUGUACUGCUCAGUUCUGCUCAUAGCCUGUAUCAGUGUGGACCGACUCCUCGCUGUAGUCUAUCCUAUCAACUCUCUGUCCUGGAGGAGUCCCAGAAACGCUAUCAUAGCCUGUGUUACCAUGUGGAUACUCUCCUUCGCUGGGUCACUGCACCUCCUGCUCAAUGAACAGACACACUUCCUUAUAAAGCUGAACAUUACCACAUGUCAUGACGUCCAGUCUUCGCAGCUUUUCUGGGCCUACAAAACCUACUUCAUCACCCUCUGCAGUCUCCUCUUCUUCCUGCCUCUGAUCAUCACUGUGGUCUCCUACACUCGGGUGAUCUUGUCCCUAAGCAGGGGGUCACCUGGAUUAGCGGGUCGCUCACGCAAAAGAAGGAGAGCAGUUGUGAUGGCUCUCACAGUGCUGGUGAUGUUCGUACUUUGUUUCGCACCCACAAACUGCUUCCUCCUGGUGGAGUAUCUGCAGUUCAACAAGGGGGACAAGUCCAGCCGGGAGGUCUCAGAUACCCUCUACAUCAUCUAUUCAGUGUUCCUCUGCUUGGGAAGUCUGAACUGCAUCCUGGACCCUCUGGUCUACUACUUUGGAUCAUCCCAAUGCCAGAGAGAGCUAUUCAGUGUGCUGCGGUGUCAGAAAAUCACACAGGGCACCAGCAGCAGUCUUUCAUCCUCUGAUUCAAGCAGAUCCUCUCACAGAACUCUCCUGAAAUCCAGCUGUAGAGACAGCUCCCAAGUCCAUACCGCUCUCAAAAAAAUGGACUCUUUCCAGUCAAGCCCCAGCAGCCAGUACAAGAAGCUGCUGAUCUGAUGGAGCCUUAAAAUAAGCAGAUCUCAAAUCUGCUAAAUUACACUUUGAACUGUCACAUAUUUGUCUGUGAACGUAGACACACUGUGAUCGAUGGAAAUGGCCCAAAAAAGACUUGGCAGCAUCUACUGCAUGUUCUGUCAGCUUCAGUAAUUUACUUCGGUAACUGGAGAACUUUAAAACGUGGGCCCAUGAAAAUAAACUCAUGUUUAGAAUUACCAGAAUCCCUCUCCAAUAAGAGCAACUUCACUGACUCUUAAUCAUAAAUUUAAGGUUAUGAAACUGCAGGAAAACCUUGUUUUGAAGUCUGAGUACCAGCAAAUGAAGAGAGUUAGUCUGCUUGAUGUAUGAAGAGUGAAAAUGACAUGCCAACAUACACAGCUCAAAGUUUCAUUAAAAAAACAAAUGUGCAAAGGAAGAAGACAAAGAAGAAGAGCCUUUUCUGUGCUGGGUAUAGUUGAAACAAUAGUGAGUGGUAGGAAGUUGAUAAGAGUGUGCUCUCUAAAAACUCUGAACUUUUGCUGCCAUGAAACUAUUUUAUGUUUCCAUGUUUUUAUUAUAAGCUGCAAAUGAAUCCAUCAGUAUUACAUUUAAUGGAAGGAAAGUACUUGUUUUUUGUUGUUGUUUUUAAUAUUCUCUUUGAAUUAUCUCAUUUUUAAGCACUUAUAUGUCACAUUUAGAGCUGUGUCAGUGUUAAACUACUUUGCACUAAAAUCAUUAUCAUGUUUUUACUGCUACUGUAACUGGAUAAAUAUUUUAAGGGAUUAGUGACAGACUAAUCAAACAUCAGAACACACGUCAGGAUAAAAGGCUUUAUGCUGCACUCUUCUGGCCUAAAAUGUGAACUUCAGGUCUAUGAGGAUGUAGUUUCAGCUGUUCUCCAGCAGGUGGAGCUUUGAUACUGUUUAUCACACUGCAUAUUAGUCUUAACAUAGAGUGUAGGAAUAAACUGACUGAAUAAAUACUGUUUUUGUCUUAAAGUUCAAGUUCAAACAUCUGCCUGAUGUGUGACUGGUCACCAUUUCUGUGUGUUUGUAUAAUGGGUCAAAACAGACCAGUGUAAACAUGUCAAAUGUUUUAUUUUUUGUUGCAAUUUGCACUAUUUAUGCAAAUUGUUGACUUUUUGUUUUACUUACAUAGUUGACCAAUGUAAUAGAGUUCAUAUUCAUUAAACAAUAACCAAAGAAGAGUCUGAUUGAA